AUGAUAAACUCCUUACAGAAAGGUUUAGAAAAAAUAGAUAUAUUUGGAUAAACAAUUACAUUAAAUAUGAAUAAGAAUGCUAAUUACACAACUUCAUUUGGUGGAUGCUCCUCUAUACUUAUUAUCUGUUUACUUAGCAUAAUAUUUUUUUCCAAUAUAUCUGAUUUUUUUAGCAGAGCAAAUGUAUUUUAUGAUUCUUAGAUUACUUUUUCUAAUGAUCCACAUUUUAUGGAAAUGAAUGAUUAGAAUGCUAUGUUUGCCUUAUCAAUAGACUAAGUCAAUUUUACUACUAAUCCUUUCUUUAAUAUAUCAGUAGAAUAAAGGUAAGAAUUUAUUGACUUAGAAUAUAUACAAGAUCAUUGGAUGGAUCUCUAAAUAAAACAACUAUACAAAUUCCUCUAUAACCAUGCACUCUAGAUAGAUUCAACAAUGUUGUAAAAGAGUAGGGAAUCAAUAUUGAUUUUAAUGAUGAAUUCAAUUAUUUAUCAAUGAAUAAAUGGUUAUGCCCAGCGUAAACAAAAUUUAUUUUAAUAGUCUAAAUUAUACCUUAUAAUUAGAAGGUACAUAUUCAAGUGAAAUAUUCAAAUUCAUCAAGAUUGUUGUAACAGGAUGUAAAAAUAAUACAAAUUCAUCUUAUUGGAAUCCACAAUGUGCAGAUGAAUAACAAAAAACUAAUUAUUUGAAAAAUGAAGGAUAAUUUAAAUUAUAAGUGUUUUAAAUCAACUCUAUGAUUAAUCCAUAAUAAGCACAAAACUAUAAGACAAUGUACUUAGAUAGUGAUAUGUACUUUUCUUUUGUACCUUAAAAAUUAGUCAGAUUAGCCAAUGUUUAUUAUAGAUAGUAUAUAGUAAAUAAUGAUGAAAGUUUAUUGCCUUAUUAGUAUUCAUAUUAAUUAUAUAUUCAUAGAGAUAUUAAAGCAGAGGAAAUGAUAAUAAGAAAGGCAGAAGAUUUCAGAGAUCUAACAGAACUUGGAAGAGAGACAGAUACUAAUUUUGCAACUUUGUAUUUAAGAAGAAGUCCAUUUACAGAAAUUAUUAACAGAAACUACCAAAAGGUUGGAGAUCUUUUAUCAUAUCUUGGAGGAUUUAUGUAAAUAUUGAAGGUUAUUUUUGGUUUCUUCAUUGCCUUUUAUAAUAGAACAUCUAUGUUAAUUGAAUUAUCAAAUAAACUAUAUGAUUUUAAAGAAGUGACAAAUAGAUCAUUUCUAAGAAAAGAUGCAAUUUCUUAAAAGACUGAUUAAAGAGGAUCAAUUCCUGAUGAAUUAAGUAAUAAACUAUAAAAUUUACAGAAUUCUGAUUUAAAUAAAGGAGAUUGGAGAUAAUUUAUAAAUAAAUUAAUGGAAAGAACAUCUCCAAUAAGAUUAAAUGUAAAAAUAUUGAUUAAUCAAAUGAGUUGUGGUUAUUUUUUUAAUAAUAAUAAUUCUGAAUUUUUUACAAAGGCUAUGUAAAUAAUAAUUUGUAUAAAUUAGGUUGAAAAUUAAUAGUGAAUUAGAUUUACACAAUAUUCUACAUUAAUUAUAAGAAAUAACAAAAUUAAAAACUGUUCUAUUAUAAAAACCAUAAAUAAUAUUAUUCAAUUUCACUCCAAAACCAAUUAUUACAUUGGGAUAGGAUCACACUGUUCCAACAAGAUUGGAAUUAGCUGAUGAUAUGAAUAAAUAAUCAUAUAUUAAGAGUAAUCUUGAUUAACUCAAUGAAGAUCUUUUUACAUCUCUUUAAGAAGUAUUUAAAUAUAUUUUUUCAUUUUAGGCCUAUAAAACAGUAAGUGAAGAAAUGGAAGAUAGUCCUAAUGUAAAUCCAUGUUAAAAAACCAUAAAUUCCAAAUUAACUAAAUAAAUUGAUUAAGAAUUAGGAAAGAUUCUUAAAAACUAAAAAGCUAGUUUUUAUAAAAUACAUGAAACAAAUAAUAUAAAUGAAAUUUAAGAGGAAGAUUCAUGA